AUGUUGUUUCAGCGUUUCGCAGCCGUCAUCAUGAGGAUCAGAGAGCCCAGAACCACUGCACUGAUCUUCAGCUCUGGGAAGAUGGUCUGCACUGGAGCCAAUGAGGGUGAGGAGCAGUCGCGGUUGGCGGCGAGGAAAUACGCUCGCGUGGUUCAGAAACUGGGUUUUCCUGCCCGCUUCCUGGACUUUAAGAUCCAGAACAUGGUGGCCAGCUGUGACGUGUGCUUCCCCAUCAGACUGGAGGGACUGGUCCUCACACACCAGCAGUUCAGCAGUUAUGAGCCGGAGCUGUUUCCAGGUCUCAUCUACCGGAUGGUGAAACCGCGCAUCGUCCUGCUCAUCUUCGUCUCCGGGAAAGUGGUUCUGACUGGUAUUUAAACUCAACCCAACACGCUAUGUCACCGCUACAACACAUACAGUAAUAUCAUCGUUGUCUCAUAAUGGACCCUUCAUAAGCCCCGCCCAUUUUAGAUCUGUGCUCCAAUCACAGUUGAGCAAUUCUUGGUCAGAACCUCAGUCAACAUCCUCCUUUCCUGCUCUUACAUACGCUAUAUGCUAGGCUAAUCUAUGUA